UAGGAACGGCCGAUGGGGCGCGGAGGGAUGCACUGCGCGCGCGCUGGCGGCUGUUGGGCGGGAGUGGCGCGAGACGCUGCGGGGCAGCGGCCUCAGUGCGGGCGGCGCUGAGGCGAGGUGAGGCGAGGCGAGAAACCACAGACAUGGCAACUAUGCAAUCUAUCUUCACAUUUGCUCUCUGCAUUUUGAUGAUAACUGAGCUAAUACUGGCUACAGAGAGCUAUUAUGAUAUCUUAGGAGUUCCGAAAAAUGCAUCUGACCGCCAGAUCAAGAAGGCGUUUCACAAACUGGCAAUGAAAUACCACCCAGAUAAAAAUAAGAGUCCUGGUGCGGAAGCAAAAUUUAGAGAAAUUGCUGAAGCAUAUGAAACAUUAUCAGAUGAGAAUAAACGAAGAGAAUAUGAUCAAUUUGGCCGUCACGGAGGACAAGGAAGUAAUGGAAGCCCAUUUCAUCAGUCAUCAUUUAACUUCAACUUUGAUGAUCUGUUCAAAGACUAUGACCUGUUCAGUCAAUACUCACGGUCGAAAAAGCACUUUGAAAAUCACUUCCGAAGUCAUCGGGAAGCUCACAAUCGGCAGAGACGUUCUUUCCAGGAGUUCUCCUUUGGAGGUGGACUGUUUGAUGAUGUGUUUGAAAAUAUGGAAAAGAUGUUUUCUUUUAGUGACUUUGAAAAUGCACACCGACACGCAGUGCGAACUGACAACAGGUUCCAUGGAUCCAGCAAGCACUGCAGGACUGUCACUCAGAGACGAGGAAACAUGGUUACUACAUACACAGACUGUUCUGGACAAUAAUGUUUCCUUUCUUUUCAUCUCUUCUUCUUUCGAUGCCUCCAUAAUUCUCCUUGGUUAUGUGCUAAUAUGGAAAGAGAUCUUUGAACUGUGUAUUCUUAAAAACACUUAACUGCUAUAAAGAAUUUAUAGAUGGAACUAAUUCUCAGAAUAGAAACAACAUGCAAUUAAGAGCUAAAUGCCUCAGUAACUACUUAAAAGAGGAGAGAAAUAAUCUUGCAACAGAGGAAAUUUUGUAUUUCAAUUUAGUAAGCGCUCAGUAAAUUCAUCAUAUGAUAUAUUUUUUUUAAUUUUAGAAAUAUAAUAUAAUUCUUGUAUGCCAAUUCAGGAAUGUUUGAGUUACUGGUGCAUGGAUUUCUAGCAGUGGUGAUACUUUAUUCUGAAGUGCUGCUUUUUUUAUUAUGCCUUUCAGAUUUUCGGUAGUGGUUUUUACUGAAUGUGGACUUAGUCCACAAGUUCAACAAUUUGCACAAAAUAGCAGCGGAAAUAAAACUGUGUCUUUGCAACUUUGUCCAGCAUUGCAAAUCUGUUAGAAACAAAGCAUGUAUAUUCCAACUUAAAUGAAAAAGGAAAUAUACUAAGGUUGUUCAUCACCUAGGAGAGUGAUGUAGGUUGAGGAUGUGAAUAACCCUUCACUCGCUUAAGGGCUAUUGAUGUAUGCAAGUUUGUGUAUGCACAUAGUAUGUUUCUUACUCCACCUCUCCAAAACACAAAUAUCUCUUAAGAUUCAGAAGAGCAUAUUGAAUACAAUCCUGCUUUAUGCUUCUCAUAAUUAUCAUGUGUGCACUGUAGUUGCCAUAGUUCCAUUUGUUGAACUUAAGUUCUCCUUUGUGCUUUGGCAAACUUAAACAAAUAAGCUUACUUUCAGAUUCCUAGUGUUUCUGGAACAGUCUAAAUAAGAAAUAGGUUGUGUUUGGAUAUAUUUAUUACCUGUCAGCAGAGAUUAUUCAGCUUUGUGAUUUGAAAGGUAAACUCUUGGCAUAAAGGAAUAGUAAAACUGGAAGUUACAGUUCCCAUAUUCACCUAAUACUUUGUGGUGCUGGUGUCUGAUAACAGGCAGGGCUAAUAGGUAACAACUUCAGUGCUAUGGAAAUCUGUAACCAGUAUAAACUCCUUUAAACAAACAAACAAACAAAAAAACCCAAAAACACAACUCCUAAUAUAUAUUAACUGAAGUUAAUAUGUAUCAACCCAAAAGUUCUUUAGUAAGGUUAUCACACACACGUUGCUAUCUGUUGAAAAUUAUGAGAAUUUACCUUUCAAAUGGAUUGCAUGAGCAAAAUAAGUUUUUGAACAGCAGUGUUAUAAAUAGGCUUUGAAUUCUUAAGAUCUUUAAAGAAAAGUUUAACUCUUUGCUUCUUGAACUGAUACUGAAAGUGAACUGAUACUGAAAGCUGACUAUUUGCUAAGUAAUGUUAACCUUUCCCGUAAGGGUGCGUAUUAUCACUUGUUCUGUUUUCACUCACUAAAUACUUGGAAUGGAUUAUUGCAUUAUAUUAAGUGCUUUUCCAUAUUUUUUUUAUUUAUUAAUGGACUAAUACCUCAUACAUGGUCUUUAUAAAAAGCCAGUAAUUUGUGCAACAUUGUUGGAAUGUGCAAUAUUAUAGUUGGAAAAAUGAUGGGGUGUAUGUGAAUGUCUGUUAUUUCCACUCUUUUUCUGUGCAAAUAGAUGUUUUAGUUUCCUCUGUGUAAUUAAUAUGAUUGAACUGAAAAUUGUAAUUCAUGCAGAUUUCUGACUCCAUCAGUCCUACAUGAGUCAGUUUGUCUGAUUUGUACUACAUGGACAUCCGACUGAACAAAUUACUAACUUAGAGACCUGAAUUACUUUCUCACAGAUACCUGCGUUUUUGUUUGUUCUUUUUGGUCACAUGAAUAAAAGACAGACAAGUUCUCUUAA